AGCAAUCUGAGACUCAUGCGUCGCGUCUUGGCACCGCUACGGCGUUGCUUCGCCGACGACGGCCGCCGGACGCGGCUGCGCGCGCUCUACGAGGACGCGGCGCUGGUACGCGGCAGCGACGCGGCGGUCGUCGGGGAGACGGAUCCAUCGACCAUAAUUGCCGACCGCAAAAUCGCCGACGCGGCGCGGCGCGGCGUUUUUGACAAGCUCGACGGGAGCGGCAAAAAGCUCAAAGCGCAGCCGCACCGCUCGGCGGCGCUGGGCCCCGCGCAGCGCGCGGGCGCGGAGAUGGCGGGCGUGCUGGCCGCCCAAAACGUCGCGCCGCCCUCGAUCGACUUGCGGCGGCGCGUCGACGAGGGCCUCGCCGCGCUGCGGGCGCGCAUCCGGGCGGGCGCCUCGCGAAGUGAACUCGAAGCGGACGCGGCCGCGCUGAACGCGCUCGUCGAGCGCCAGCGGCAUGCGGCCGUCGGCGACGCCUUGGCCUUCGGGACGCGCGCCUUCGAGUGCCCGCGCGUCGACCUCGCGGCGGAGCUGGUCGCCGCCGGGCGCGGCGCUGGGUAG